AAAGUAGGCUCAACUUUUUGACUUUUAAUCAUAAACAAUUUUGUCAUUUACUAUAUUUUUAACACCACAUAAUGGCGAACAGCAUCGGGGAUUUAUUCAAACAACCCAAUUUUAUCCUGAAAUUCGUCGAAUUCAUAAUUUGUCUCGUCGCUUGGAUUCUUUGGUACGUGGACCCCCCAAUAAAAGCGUUUGAUGAUCAACCAAGUCACGACACCGUCGUAAUCGCAAUCAUCGGCUACACAUGGGUCUCUUUAGCGUUUAUAAUCACCUACAUUUUCGAUGAAACCCAAGAUUUAUUGGAGAUGUUGUUAACAUUCUUUGGAUUUGCGUACCAUUUCGUGUCUUGUAUCUUUAUAUUUAUUUUGCAUUCUAAUUAUAAGGGGUAUAAGACGGAUGCGUCGACUUUUUGGGUUAUAAUGGGUAUUUUUUGUUUGGUUGUUGCGGUGCUUUGUUUAGUUGAUUUUAUCUUAAAAAUUGCUAAUAAGAAAUAGGUUUAUUUAUAAGAUUAUUUAUU